CGCCCCGAGCCGCUCCGCCCCGGAUGCGGCGGGGCCCGGCCGCGGUUUCUCUUCCUGGGCCACGGCGGUGGCGGGCGGGCUAUGGCGGCGGCCGCUUCCUCUGGCGGGGCGGCCGCGACGCCGGGGGCCAGGUUCGUGUACGAGAGCAAGAACUUGUCCGCCCCCAAGGUGUACGUCCUGCAGCCGUGGAUCGCGAGCCUGCUGGUGAACUACGAGCAGCGGGACACCAGCGGGGACCUGCUGGCGGGGCAGGUGCUGCGGGUUUUGAGUGACUCAAGUGCUCCAGACCAAGCUGGAGCACUCCAAGAUGCUGAACUACAAGUCUCAGAUGGGUCCUACUACAUCCGAGUGGUCAUUACAGCUGAAGCUCUGCGGGCGGAAGAAAACACCCACAUUCAUCUCAGACUUUCCAGCCUUGUUUGUAGAAUUAUCGUCUUGCAAAAGUACACAGUGUGUUUCCGGGAGGAGGCCAAGCUGGAGGACUGUGAGUUUUAUCUCACCGCCCAUCAGUUCAUCGUGCUGCCCAUGGAGAGACAGAGGAUGGAUUCGUCAAACGGAGGAAUGUCUGUGUUGGAAGCUUUGAAGGAACGCGUGCAUGGGAGGAAGUGCCACAUCAGUAACUGUCUUCUCUGUUGUUGCAGGAACCACGAGCCCUCUGUGCUACAGAAGAUAAAGGAGCUCUGGCUGAGGAGUCUCUCUCUGGGGACUGCUCCCAGCUCAGAGCCAUCCAUCUCACAGCUGAUUGAUGUGAUAGGACAGAACCAGCUUGAGACUUUGAAGGAAAGUGCUGAGGAAUGCUUGGAUUUACAGGUGUCCAAAGAGACAGAGAAGGACAAGCUUCCUGUGACGCAGUGGGAGGCAGAACUCAAGAAAGAGCCACGUGAGGACAUCUUCAUGGUCCCAGCCAACGUCCUGGUAAUCCCUCCUGAGGAGGGGGUGGUUGAUGGCGAUGCUUCUAAGGCAGAUGCAUGUGGAGCAUCUUCUGAGAAAAGCAGCUAUGACAGGACGGUGCCAGGCGACCAGACUGUCAUGUCGCAGCCCAGCUCUGCAGAGUCAACAGUGGUGUCAGGGAGCUCAGAGGCAUCGCUGGACAAUCCUUGGAACAUGCUUCCCACGAUGUCUUUAACUCUGACCUCUUCAGAAGAGCAGUCCUUUCAGCACAGUUCUCCAUGCAGGCCGGAGGCCCAGCAGGAUGUGGCUGCUGACAGCAACACCCCUGACCUGCUGGAAUCGUGUAGCCGUGACUCUCCCCAGGGCUUGCUGCAGGCUGACCCGGUGCAGACUUCAUCUCCCUCGCUGCUCUCCUCGUAUGGCAGUAUCAGUCCGGUGAAGGCUGGCACGAGCUGGGCAACAUCAGCUGCAGAGGCAGCCUACACCUCCCCCUGUGCUGCUCGAGGCCCACUGGUGUCAGGGGACUCCCAGGCCAACCUGCCGUCUCUCUCUCCAGCUUUUCCUGUCCUGCCCAGCAGCCACCUAGUAUCCCAUACCGAAGGGGUGCCUCACCGGGAGCAGGCAGACUCCAGUGGCACAGCUUUCCCUCCAGACAUGCUGAAGCAUCACCUGGCUCGUGCCAGGACCCAGGGAGGAGAAGCCCCAGAGGAGAGCAGGAAGGCCGCGGGUGCCAAGAGGAAGCUGUUGGUGGGAGGUGGCCUGGCACUGCCUGACGGGCGUAGGUCCCUCAGUGGACUGCAGCAGAAGCAGCCUCGACGAGGUGCCUCGUGGAGCACAGGGGGGGAGGUGCGCAGGAAGCUGGAGUCCAUGAGCACAGAGGGAGCAAAGAAGAUCAGAAGGGAGGAGCACAGGCCGCAACGCAGAGAGGAGUCCCCAGAGGAGGAAGAGGAGGAAGAGCAGGCAACCUCAGUGAGCGGCCCCAGCUCCAGGCCAGAGCAGCACAGAGUUCUGCAGCCGUACGUGAAGGAGAGGCCGCUCCAGUACAAAUACAAGGCCCCAAGCCCUGAGCUCUGUGAGCAAAUAAGAUCUGUCAGGAUCUCCGAGGCAAUGCUGAAGUGGGCGUGCUGGAUUCUCGCAGACAGGGACGUGGAUGCCUGAGCUGAGACCACCUGGAGCCCAAGUGUGCUCUGAGCAGCCUCUUGUCUCAUUUCUUGAUCGGUUCAGCAAACUGCAUGGGAAGAGUAGGUGGGGGGAGGGUGAGGGGACCAAGACCCCCGUCCCUAAGGGGGGGGCUGGCCUGGAUCCAGAGACCCUGGGUCUAGCGCGGCCAGGGACAUGACCUGCUGGAGGUCAGCACCCCCAGCCCAAAGAGGGGGAAGGCAUCUGUUCAGGGACGCUGGAGCGCAUGAGCUCGGCUCACUCCCACCUCAGUACCAUGCUGUUCCUGUGAUGUUCCUAUCACAGCUUGGAGCAAACAGCCUGGCCUGGCACACAGGAACAAGAGGGAGCAGUUCCCCCUGUACCGUGGGCAGAUACAGUUACAAGGCCCUGGCACCUGCUCCCUGUCCCAAAGCCAGUGCAGUAGUUUGGACAUGUAUCGAUUGGUUUUGAUAGGGUUCUGCACAGUUUGUUAAAAAAAAUAUCCUGCAAGGUUAUGCUGUAGAAAUUAAAAAUAAAAGUCAUAUAUUUUUUAAA